AUGCGAUGCUGGCCGUCGUCUGGACUUGCAGCUGUCAUCCUAGCCUGCCUGCUGGGGACUUGUCAAGGGCAAACAUACCGUUUCUGCGAGAUCGAGUGGAAGACAUGCUACCGAAGCAACACAAAAGACUUCACAGGAGGCUUCUAUGAUCCUCUGUUCCCCAGCGUAUGCAAGGAAGCGAGGAGUAACCCUAGAUCGAUCGGCGUGUCGCUGCAUUGCUCGUGGGCCAUAUUGAGUGAUGAUACGACGAUCAUGUUGCAAACCGUGGCAACAGACGUACAGACCUACAACAACACGGGGGGAGCUGUGAAGGACCUGAGGCAAGGCUUGAAGGCACCGUUGUACAAGGGAUCGCUGUCGGGCGAUGGCCCGCAGAGGUACAGAAGGAUCGGAUGGUACCACGGCCUGGGGGACGCGACGUACAUGCCAGGGCUUGAGCUUGCUCAAGGCGUCGUCUCCUGCCCAGUCUCGCCGUGCUCGGCGGGAGCAAACGACUUCUACAUUUUCCAGAUUACUCGCAUAUCCGAGCCUAAGGCACAGUCGUCGACCAACCCUUUCGAUAGACGCGUGUUUGCGCGGUACUCUUUCCAGGUGGACUUUCCGAGCGGAGGAGACUACACGGUAUAUUUCGAGGGCUGCUGCCGGCAACAAGCGGAAGGAGCCGUGGCUACCAACGGAGACUACUUGGUGCAGAAUAACCCGCUCUGGCCAUUUCAUGUGCGAGCAGCAGUGACGGUGCCGAGUACUGGCUCAGUGCCGCUGUACAAGUCAUCGAUCCGGUGGAACAUGCCCGAUGUGACAGUGUUACGAUCAGCUUCCCCGCAGACAGAGAACUCAGCCUGUGCUUCUACGAUAUGUCUGUCAAGCAGUUGCUAUCGAUCGUUUACCUUGCAAGCAUAUCAUCAAGAGGCCAGCUAUCCCAUCUAUUACCGAUUGGGCACGAUCCGGGAGAUGGGAGCGUACAAGUGCUACUCGGGCACGGCUCCGCCGUCAGUGCUGCAGCGAUACGACAGCGCUCGGUGCACCUUGACAGAGGUACAAGCGACGUCGACGUCUUCACUGCCCGUGAGGAUCCGAGGAGAUCAGUUCGACUUCGACGUGAACAGGGAAGGGACUUUUCAGGUGACUGUGGUAGCGUACACGUACAUCUCAGGCAAGGAGAUGGGGGUGACAGUAGACUUCUUGGUGAAGAUCUUGGCUCCGGGGACCUCGAACUGGCAUGCGCCCAAGUUUGCUUUCCCUCUCACGACUACGAAUGUCAACAGCGUGCAGAUCCAGUGCGGAGAGAAUCAGUGGAUAUUCAACAGCACUACACCCACGUUCAAGGUGUACUUCCAGAACGAUGUCAACACUAAGCCAGCAGAGUGUAUCGAGACGGGGCAGAGACUGCGGUACAUCGCUCCGUCGACAGACUUGCCGAAAGGCGUGUCGUACACUCAGCAUGUGGAAUCGAACUUGAACUACAUCGAGAUAGCAUGGAGGCCACAAUGCGAAGAUCUGUCGCAGGUGGGGCUAUUUCAGUUCUGCUUUGAAGCAGAGGACACGGUAGACGUGGGGUCAGCAGCUAGCUUCAAGGCGCUGCGAUCGAGCCCAUCAUGCUUCUUUGUAUACAGCCGUCCGCCCUUGCCAAACCCCUCUCCUUCUUUCAUCUCACCGACGAAGUACCUUGACUGCUCUGAGACUUGUUGCGAGUGUUGUGGCUUGGAGAACUGCGCCUGUACCAACAACAAAUGUUGCAACAGGGAGUUUGCAAAGGCAGGGACCCUGUAUCAGUUUCCCGUGCAUGCGCAUGACAGCUACCUUCCGGAGGCCCUCAACGUGAAGUUCACAGUCGCAGGCCCCACCCUUGACAAAUAUCCGCGGGAUGUGUAUCCUCCUGUGGGGGAGAGCGAUAAGUACUCCUGCGGGGACUCGAGCUACGACACUUGUACCUCCUCCUACACCGCCACCUCGGGGAGGAACGACGUGCUGAACGCGCUAGAGUGGGAUCUGAUGAAGAUGUAUCCUUUCAAGUGCGCAAACUCUUCGCUACAGUGCAGCGGGCCGUCCGACACCUCAUGCCCCAACGCUGUGCCCUGCAUUGAGUCCAGCAGCACCAACUUCGUUGGACCCUUGAAGGUUUGCUACCAGGUGACGGAGCAGCUUCGCGUCGGGGUGGACGGCGCCCUGUGGCUGCAAACCUACGGCAUCCCCCCCAACAACGACACGUGCAAGAUCUGCUUCUCUCUCGCCAUCGCAAGCAGCCCCUUCUUUCUUGACAGUGAGACAUCGAACUCGGGGGUGCAAGGAGAAGGUACCCAGCCCAACGGCAGAAUCUUCACAGUCCUCCUCGGGUCCACCUUGACCAUCCAGCUGCUCGCCACCAUCAACAACGCAGGACAGGAUGUGAUGAUCGCUAUGCUCUCGGACCCCGGAGCGCCUCUGGGCUCGUUUAUGACUCCCCAGGAGACCAUCCCUCGCGUUUCUCCCUACAACAACCUCGCCUACCGUCGUUACUACAACUACACAGCCCAAGUCGGGCAGGAAGACACUCAGAUCUCCAUCUGCUUCCAGGCGUACGCGGGCAACGGCAUGACUUCCCUUCCUCGCUGCUUCUACAUCCAAGUCUCCGGUCCUGACAUCGCCAUGUCCAUCAGUAACCUCUGCCCCGCCGGCUCCCCCUGCCCUCCCAUGAGCAACUUUGCUAACGUCACGGUCGGCUGCGAGUACGCUCUGUCCAUCUCGGCUGCUUCUCCCAACUUCGGCAUAAAGGUCAUGGAGGAGCUGAUGCCUGUCUGCGACGAGUGCGGGGCCUCAGUCGUUCCCUGCCAAGGGCUCAACCCUUCCGAGCAAUGCUGCGGCAACGGCGUCUGCGACGGCUUUGAGAGCGGUUCCAACUGCCCUGCUGACUGCCCGGCGGACGACAUCCAGUUCGUGCAGACUGUCGUGGGAUCGGCUACCAACUCCUGGAAGAACGAAGCACAGUUCUCAUGGAUACCAAGUAGGGGGAUGGAGGGGAGAGACAUUCUACGAUGCUUCCUCGCAAGACCGACCAUUUCAGGGUUCGACCCUGCCAAGCUUGGGCCCAACGAUCCCUCCAUUGACGUCUUCUCCAAGAGAUAUUGCAUCCUCUACUCCGUGGAGCGAUGUAGAUACUGCGUGCCGCACGCCUCUACCUUGAGCACGCUGGUCGCUCGCUACGACUUCCAGAUCAACUGGUUGAGGGUGUACAACAGCAACCCCAUGGUCAACCCCGACAGGCUUUCAGCUGGCGACAAGUUCGUCAUCGGCCCCAAGUACCUCGUACAGCCCGGCGAUACUCUCGUCACCAUCGCAGCAAUGGCGCAGAUGACGCUGAAGUCGCUGUUCUCACUCAAUCCAGACCUUGUCUAUCAGAACCAGACAGUCCUGCCAGUAGGCCAUCCGGUCUGCCUCCAACUCUGCGGGGCAUGA